AUGCCAGACCUUCAUCCCGGGAAUCGAUUCCCUAUUGGUUGCGCUAUAGCCGCGCGAGGGGUCUAUCCAGCUUUGAUAGGAACAGACGUUUUUGCUGAGAUCUGCGUUGUAGAAGAUAUCAAAGAUGAGGAGGCAUGCGAGAGAAUAGGUUCAUACCGGUCCCGAGGUCUUGGAAAGUCUAUACUACAAGCACACUCGCACAGCAAUUCCAACCCUUUCUACGCAGAAGGAUCAUCGGAGCUGGAUGGAUACAUUGAAGAACAUAACUACGCUGUUCAAUGGGCAGUCGCUAAUCGGGAUCUCGUAGCGUACCGUAUUGCAUCAUGCCUGGGGCUCAACCUCGAAGACGAUGCCGAACAUGCCCAAUCGAGACCAGUGAUGCCCGAGAAAUUGGUAGAUGUGACGCACAAUUCGGUUACUAGGCACAGGCUCACUUUGGGUGGGCAAGAAGCACAAGAAGUAUGGGUCCACCGGAAAGGAGCCGCACCCGCAGACAUGGGGGUUGCACCAUGUCCUGGGAGUCGAGGGGAUUUCAGUUGGCUAUUACAGCCAGUGGGCGAUGGAAAUGACAAUGCACACUCACUCGCCCAUGGGGCGGGCCGACUGCAUCCUCGUAGUGCCGCAACAUUGCGAAAAAAUGUUCCGGGGACUACCACAAAGUUGGGAAGUGAAGUUGUGUGUACCGACCCUGCAUUAAUGAUCGAGGAAAGGCCCGAAGCAUACAAAGGCGUCCAGUCAGUUGUGGAUGAUCUUGAAAAACGUGGAUGCGCAAGAGGGAUCGCCAAACUACGACCAAUAGUCACGUACAAGACGCGAAACGAAAGUGCAAGGAAGUAG